GUUGAUUUUUAUCAUUCAGGAUUAGUGUGAGGUGAAAAAAGACGCUGUAUUAUAUUUUCUGUUUACAGAUGAUAAUUAUCUGUCGUGUUAAAUGUAGUUUUUCAACUGAUUAAUACAAUGAACGACCUCCAGUAUCUCAUCGAUAGACAAUUUGGCAUAAGCAGCCGCUACAACUACGACAACGUGCUCAAACGACUGGUGGUGAACGGUGCGGAGUGUUUUUACGGGCUGCAGCCUUCGAGUGCGGUUCCUGCAGCCUCACUCGAUCAGCAGGACCCUCCAAUCUUUGCAUGCCGAUUCUCUGAGGCUGCCGGCUAUGAAAACAUCUUAGCCUUAGCUAAUGAAGACGGGAAAGUGGCUAUUCAGGAUACAUCAAAGAUAAGUUUCACAGGAGCCCUAGAUAGCUUCCAGUGCCACAACAAUGCCGUGUUUGACUUGGCCUGGGCGCCUCGCUCCCUUAGCUUUGUUACUGUCUCAGGAGAUCAUACAGCCAGUUUAUGGGAUGUGGCCGAGAGCACUCCAAAGCGUGUCCUCGUAUUCUCCAACCACACACGCUCAGUCAAGACAGCUGUUUUCCGCCCUAACGAGCCCUCGGUUUUUGCUACUGGGGCCCGAGAUGGACACAUCCUUGUUUGGGACGUGAGGUGCGGGCAACCCACUGUUGUUGUUAAACCUGAUAACUGCCUCAUGAACUGCCACUCCUCAUUCACACCAAAAACACCAGGUUCACAUACCAAAAGACCCCGACUUGAUAACCAUAGGUCCAUCAGCAUCACUGGUCUAGUUUUUCAAGACGACACAACCCUAAUAUCAUGCGGCGAAUGCGACGGUAACAUCAAAGUGUGGGAUUUAAGAAAGAAUUAUACUAUUUAUAAAAGAGAACCACUACCAAAACAUUCUAUACCAUAUUGUGGAAGUUCGACAAAGAAUGGUUAUACAAAUCUCAUCAUUGACGAUGCUAGGAUGAGACUCUACGCCAGCUGCAUGGAUAAUGUAAUUUACUGCUUUAAUAUUUCAACGUAUAAUUCGCUGCCAGAGCAAAGAUACGUCGGCCAUGAAAAUAGCACAUUUUACAUCAAAACUAGUCUUAGCCCUGACAGUAUGUACUUAGUUUCUGGCAGUAGCGAUAAGAAUGCUUACAUUUGGAACGUAAAGUACUCUGAGCCGGUUGUAAAGUUGGCUGGGCACUGGGCCGAGGUCACGUGCCCUGCGUGGUGUCAGAAGGGUGACAUGAAGAUCGUCACUUGCAGCGACGACGCGCGACACAAAAUCUGGAGAAUAGGGAAGGAGUUUGUAUCGGAUCAUGAACGGAACAUGGAGCUGAAGGGGCACGCCGAGGUCGUCCCAAGAACUGACAGAACCACUCUACCAAAGUGGGGCACUCUGGACCGUACACCCAGCUCAUUAAAGAGGAAAUUGGUGACAACUCCAGGCUCAUAUAGCUGUAAACGCAUGCGUUCUGACAGCACUUCAGUAAGAAAAACUAAGAGAUGUUUAACAGAUCUGAUGAACGCUUCCAGAGAGGCAGAUGAUGCCGAAAUCCUAGUUAAGCGUUUAAAGCUGGAUAUGGUCCCGGAGGAUGGUGAACCGAAGUUGCUUCCUGCCGGCAUUAAGAGGCACAGUGAUGUGUUAGACAACACCAGUCCUGUACACUUAUCCUUUGAUUCAGGUCAAAUGUCGAGUGAUUGGAACUAUAUAGCACCGAAAGCUGGCACUUCAUUUAUGACACCCACAAAAAACUAUGAAAAGAGGGUAUGCAGGAAACUGUCUCCAAAAUCACCGAAGACUAUCACGCCACCUUCAAUGGCUAGUUGUUCACCAGUAAGCGUUUCUCCUACUAAACUUAGAAUAAUAAGUUUCAACACUCCCACUAAAAAUUUACCAAAUUUUGUGCUUGAUGGUGAGGCUCCACAUUUAAGACUGAUGUCGCCCGUCAAGAAGAAACAGGACACCACUAACUGGCUCACACGCAUAGUGCGAGAAAAAAAAGGAAAAAAUCCGGAAGCAUUCGAAAAAGACGUGGUUGCGCCGCUUAGUCCUAAAGAGAAUAUACCUGUUAGAAGGAAUUCUGUAACAGAAAAAACACCCAAAUUUGGCAAAAAAUCUAGAACGCUGCUGACGUACUUCUCAGUUGCCAAUAAAGACAAAUAAGUCUUAACAUAUCAUACACAGAUUCUGUGAUGUACCUAUUUCAUCGCAGAGAUGUUAAUUUGAAUAUCUGUGAAUUACCUUAUAUGUAACAAUAUUCCUAUAUGUUGAUCUAGACAAUUAGAAAAGGUUGUUCCAUAGUCAGGCCCCACAUCUAAGACAUAGUUAUUAGGUACCAAGCUGUAUAAAAAUUAUUACCACGAAUAUACUGGCCGCCGAUAUUUGCCCCAAUUCAGACAUCAUGUAUUGGUCUCGAAGUCGCAUGAGCGUGUUCCUAGUAAAGUAGUUGUUACACUUGAGCAUAAUGCAAGCAGCUGAGUAUAAUUAAGGGCCAGUUGCACCAACCGCAAUUAACAGACUGAUCAACGUCACGCAGUAGAGAUCUAUGAAACUUCCCAUACAAUAAAAUUUAGCGGACGCUCUAACGGUGACAGACGGUUUGGUGCAACCGACUCUAAGGGCCAGUUGCACCAACCACAUUUGACAGACUGAUCAACGUCAGCCGGCGCGCACCGGCGCUUUAUUAUGAAACUUUCCAUACAUAAAAAUUUAGCGAACUCUUUAACGAUACGAACAGUUUGGUGCAACCGACCCUAAGUCACUUAGAAAUAAAGGGCGAGUUACUGAGGCUUAUCAUAUGAGCGAAUUUAAAUAUUUUGGUUUUGAAACUUUAGACUAAGUACUAUUUUUUCACCGCAUUAUAUUAAUGAAAUAUAUAAAAGCCCUAUUUAAAGUCUAGUUCAAUACAAAUUGAAAAUAAUAUAAAUGAAUAUGACAAAUUUUGUUAAAAAGCUUGAGGGACGCAUAUAUUGUUUCUUUCGGAGCAAUUGUUUCCGAAAACAUUAACUUACCAAAAAAUUGUAUUGUUGUUGGAGACCCUUUUUCGUUUUUAAAGACUCAAUGACUCCCCACACCAAGGUUAAAGCAAAAAAAGUUGUAGGGGAGGUACCCACAAUUUUUUUAUUUUGGUGUUUCUAUUUUACUAUUUUGUCGCCAUGGUUGAAUUAUGUAUCUAUAUAACAAGUUACAGCUUUCUAGCACUAAGAUCACGGAACAAAGCCGCGGACGGACAGACAGGCGGACAUGCCGAAACUAUAAGGGUUUCUAGUAAUAGACUAUGGAUCCUAAAAAUGAUGUAAAUAAGGGGUUGUGCACAAAUCACGCGAGGUGUUUCGCGGAUACUUUUUGACCCCCCCUCCCCCUUGGUGAUAUUUGGCGAGGUUUUUGGCUACCCCCCUCCCCCCAUACAACCUCACGUGUAUUUUUUUUUCAUUCGACCUAAUUUUAAGAUAAAUAGUAUAUAGAAAAUCUUGUUUAUUUUUCUAUUUUCGUUAAAUAGACUCGCUAUUUUGAAGUGCAGAGUGAAGAUUUAUGUUUAACGAAACCGAGAAAAAGUAUCUACUCAUGUGGUAGGUUUUUUUUCUUCGUUUCGUUCACUGUAGAAAAAUACAUGUGAGGUUUCCUUAUACCAAAAUCGAACCGUGAUUUUGUGCACAAGCCCUAAAAGAUUUAAGUAUAUAAACUGUUCAUAAGAUCAUGGCCAUCCUUUAAAAGUGCGAGAAAACGAAUAGGCGUAAAUUGGUUUGUUUACAUUAUCUACAAUUUCUAUUAAACUUCGCUUUAGUUCGACCAUAAUUUCUUGUUAUGGAUAUUAUCUUUCAGCUGUCAACAGUGACAUUUCUGGCCAAGUCAAUUUUAAAUUUAACACAUUCACUUCACUGCCAAGAACCACCUAGCGGGUUCUUGGCAGUGAAGUGGUUCAUUUUGUAUUGGAAAUGGAGUGCUUGGCACUGAAAGUGUUAAUAACUAGAUGUGUAUUUCGUCAGGUGACAACCAAAACUCACUAAUUUCUAAAAAAUAAUUAAAAACAAAAAUCUACCUUAUUCUAGUACUAAUAUAGUUCCCGUGGCUGUGAACUUGUGGUGGUAAUUAGUGACUUGGUUGUCACCUUACGAUUUAGCAAACACAUGCUGGCCCGAUUUGAAGACUUACGUGUUUUAUAAUAUUAAACUCAAAUAGGAAGUUCUAACUCCCCUUUUAUACGAAAUGAACUGAUAUUCUGAUUUAAGCUUAAUUAAUGCUAAUUUGAUGAGUGAGACAGCUUUUUAGUUAUAAGCAAACAUUUUAUUGAGGAACGUAAGUAAAUAUUUAAGAAUUGUAGUAAACUAUUGUAGUGCAUAGAAUGGACUCUCAGUAGGUAGGUAUACUAGGUAUGAAUGUACGUGAAAAAAUAUUUGUUCCUCAGCGGAAAAAAUAUUUCAUUUUUUUUAAAUACAAGCCACCCCCCCCCCCGGGCUUCGCACGGGUUACACAAAACCUUAACGAAUUAUACACCUCAAAAAUCACUAUUGAUAGGUGAAAAUCCGUUCAGUAGUUUUUGAGUUUUUCGCGAACAAACAUACACACAUACAGACAGACGCGGCGGUAGACUUUGUUUCAUAAGGUGUAGUGAUAGUGUUGUAUAAUGCACUGUUAUUGAAAAAUAAUUUCUAUGCACUAGAAAAGUUUAAAAUACCAAGAGUUUAGAUAGUGUAACAUGGAGUCUAUAAAUGAUCUUGUGUUAUUUGUAAUGAAUUAUAUUUUCGAAAAUCAGUUCUACAUAUUGACAUCUUUGUGCAUUUUUUACGAUGUUAUAUACAUUAAACUGAAUGUCCUUA